AUGAAGCAGAAGCAGCAGAAGCGGAAGCAGCAGCAGAAGAAGAACCCUCCCCCCUUCCACCUCCCGCGCCUCACCCACGCCACAUGGACCUCACCCAUCGACAGCACCACCACCAAUAACAAUAACAUCAACAACAACCACAACACGAAGAAAUCUUCAGCCUCCCGCUUCGAGAUCGGGAUAAUUUCGUUCGCUGGCGUGCUGGAUGUGGGGUUCUUAUUGUUGGCUGUCUAUAGGAACCAGCCGACGAUCCGCGAUACCACCUCCUCCCCGUGCACAGGAUCGUCCGAGACCUGGGCGGAUUUCCAGAACCGCGCCAAAUUCUCCGUCACGGCCCGCAUCGCGUUGGGCGUGCGGUUUGUGAUCUCGUAG